CCUUUCUCUCUCUCUAGAAAUUGACUCUUUCAGCUGCUGGCUUCAAAGUCAGUCCCACUCCUCCUGUUGUGCUGUGUGGUGCGGUGCGCCUCCGAGAUUCCAGUUCAUGCGAGUUAAACGAUGGCGUCCAUCCCACUCCAUUCCCGAGAAGCGCACCAGAAAGCCAGACAGCCCGAAUAAAAUAUCCCCCCCCCGGUUCUCUCUCUCUCUCUCUCUCUCUAUCUCUAGCUUUCGCGACUCCACCAGCACGGUGCUCUGCAUCACCAGAUCACAAGCAAGUCGCCGCCCCCUUCCUAUAUAUAUAUAUAUAUACGCGCCAGUUCAUCCCCCUCCCUCCCCCCUUCUCUCUAGACUGCUCGUUGCAGCGUACCCCAAUCCCGAUCUCCCUCCUCGAGCUACCCCCUCAGAUUCGACAUGCUGUCCCCGUGAUCGGUUCGGUUGCCCCGGGUCGCGUCCUCCGAGCUCGUUCCGGCUUGAUCCGCGAUCGGGAAUGGACGGCGGGGGCGGCGGCGGCGGCGGCGGCGGAGGCGGGGAUGGGACGGUGAGGCUCGGGGCGCUCAGCUUCAGGCCGGACCGGGCGCUCGAUUUGGCUCAGGACGUCGGGGUGUCGUCGCCGGUGACGCGGCAGAAGGCGGCCGCCGCCAAGCAGUUCAUCGAGAACCACUACAAGAACUACCUCCAGGGCCUGCAGGAUCGCAAGGACAGACGGCGAGCUCUCCAAAGGAGAGCACAAGAAGCUCAGGUGUCUAGCGAGGAGCAGCAGGAAAUGCUGAGAAAUCUAGAGCGCAAGGAGACAGCGUACAUGAGGUUGCAAAGACGUAAAGUGGGAUUGGAUGACUUUGAACAUUUAACUGUCAUUGGUAAAGGCGCAUUUGGUGAGGUGAGCCUAUGUCGUGCAAAGAAUACAGGAGAGGUCUAUGCCAUGAAGAAGUUGAAAAAAUCCGAGAUGCUUAGCCGUGGACAGGUUGAGCAUGUUCGUUCCGAGAGGAACUUACUUGUGGAGGUUGAUAGUCGGUGCAUUGUUCAGCUUUACUAUUCCUUUCAAGAUUCGGAAUUCUUAUACCUCAUCAUGGAAUAUUUACCUGGUGGUGAUAUCAUGACAUUGUUGAUGAGAGAAGACAUUCUUUCUGAAGAUGUUGCACGGUUUUACAUAGCAGAGAGUAUUCUAGCCAUCCACUCUAUUCAUCAUCAUAAUUAUGUGCACAGGGACAUUAAACCAGACAAUCUGUUACUGGACAGAAAUGGCCACUUGAAGCUUUCUGAUUUUGGUUUGUGUAAACCUCUAGAUGAGAAGUAUUCUACAAUUUUGUUAGAAGAUGAAGGUUUAACCUCUCAAGAAAAUUUAAGUGGAUCCGGUGGACACUCUGGUGCUGAUGCAGCGCCUUGGUUGAUGCCAAGAGAGCAAUUGCUACGAUGGAAACGUAAUCGGCGUGCAUUGGCAUAUUCUACUGUUGGAACUCUUGACUACAUGGCACCUGAGGUACUGCUGAAAAAGGGAUAUGGAAUGGAGUGCGAUUGGUGGUCAUUGGGUGCAAUCAUGUAUGAGAUGCUUGUAGGCUAUCCUCCCUUCUGUUCUGAUGAUCCUAGGAUCACUUGCCGUAAGAUUAUUAAUUGGAAAGCAUGCCUGAAGUUCCCUGAGGAACCAAAGAUUUCAGAAGAGGCUAAGGAUUUAAUCUGUCACUUGCUAUGUGACGUUGAAACAAGACUAGGGACUGGAGGAGUGGAGGAAAUAAAGUUUUCUUUUCAGGCACAUCCAUGGUUCAAAUCUGUUCAAUGGGACAUGCUCUAUGAGAUGGAAGCUGCAUAUAAGCCUACCGUUAACGGGGAAUUGGACACUCAGAAUUUUGAGAAGUUUCCAGAAGUAGAAGGCCCGCCAUCUUCAACGCCAACUGUUGGACCUUGGCGGAAGAUGCUGACAUCAAAAGACACUAACUUCAUGGGAUUUACAUUUAAGAAAUCAGAUGUUCUUAACUCGCUCGAAAGUUCAGGUGCGGACCUGAGAUCGCAGGGAGUUUCAAGGACCCCAUCUCUAGUAUCCUUGUUAGGUCAGAUGGAACUGCUGGAAAACGAAACAUCCGGGGACGAGCAAAGACUGGAAGAUUGACUCGCAAAUUCUACUCAUUCCGUAAACGAUUGGUAAUGGGGAUAAGGGAAAAAGGAGAACAACUAUCAUCGUGGUCCAUUCGUUCGUGACGACAAUGUAAGAAUUCGAAUAACGGGAGCUUAAAAGCUUUUGAUGUUGUAGUUUUAUUUUUUUCUCUCUGGCCUUGACUGUAUCUGGCCUAAUGAGCGCGUUUGUUGUACAAAAAGAAAAGUUUUGGGAAUUCGUUUUCUUGAGCAUGAUCAAAUCAUAUAAUAUAGCCAACAUUUUACCGAUUAA